AUGAUCAAAUUCCACAGAAUACCAAUAACUCCCGGCGAACUUUCUCUUGAUAAUGUCUUGCAAUGCGGGCAGGCUUUUCGGUGGAUCUAUCAUAAAGAUAAGUCUCACUAUUCUACCACGAUGAGGUUUGGUAACCAGUAUCAUAUUUUAGUGAUGAAGCAACCAGAUAAUACGUGUGUUGAGUUCUCUGUGAUGGGAACAGCUAAUCCUGAUACAGCACAUGUUGCUGAUCAUUUGAAGAACUAUUUCAGACUUGAAGUACCUCUAGAUAAAUUAUUACGAACAGAAUGGGCGGUUCGUGAUUCAAAUUUCAAAAUGAAGUUGCAUAGAGGUGUCAGAUUGCUCAGUCAAGAUCCUUGGGAGACCUUAAUUUCAUACAUUUGCUCCAGUAAUAAUAACAUUUCAAGGAUAACGAAGAUGUGUCAUUCGCUUUGCGCUCAGUUUGGCAAUAAACUUGGUGAACACGACGGAGUAGAAUAUUAUUCAUUCCCCACUAGCGAUGAAAUAAAAGAAAGAGCAUCUGAGGAAAAACUUCGGUCACUUGGGUUUGGGUACAGAGCGAAGUUCAUCAUGGGUACAGCUCGAAAAAUGGUCGAGGAUCGGCGAAACUUACCAGACAGUCAAUAUUUAGAAUCGUGGAAAGACCAUUUGACGUAUGAGCAAAUACGUGAUAAAUUCAUGGCUUUUCCAGGUGUUGGUCCAAAAGUUGCAGAUUGUGUUUGUCUCUCAGGUAUGCAAAUGGAUGAUGUUGUACCAGUUGAUGUACAUAUCGCAAGAAUUGCGCAGAGAGAUUAUAAGUUCACACUCAACAAGAGUAAGAUCGAAGAACUACAAAUUCAAUAUAGUGACCUACCCGUUACAAGGAAAAAGGUCAAUUACGAGCUCGAUUUAAUACGCAUUAUGUUCAAAGAAAAGUGGGGAGAUUUUGCAGGUUGGGCGCAAGGGAUUCUGUUUGCUCAAGAGGUUGGAAAGACAAGUGGAGCAACGAGCGAGGGAAUGAUAAAAAAACGGAGCCUUGAGGUUGAGAUCAAGGUUGAAGUCACAGACACUCUUGGACAAUAUCAAACUGUCGAAGAAGAGAGCAUAGAGUAUUCGGUUACCGGGAGACCGAAGAGAAAGUCAGCCAAGCGCGAUAGUUACGAAUCCUGA